GAGCCCGCCAGUACGUGUACGGAAACAAUAUUAGAGAAACAAUGGCAGCCUCCACGGAUAGUGCGGAGCUGAAGCGAAAACUUGGCGAUAAUGAGGGAGAAGGUGGAGAUGCAGAGGAAGAAGAAUGGGUUGGGCCCAUGCCAGAGGAAGCAACCCAGUCAAAAAAGAGAAAAGUGCUUGAAUAUGAACGCGUCUACCUGGACAACUUGCCGUCAGCUGCCAUGUAUGAACGAAGCUACAUGCACAGAGACGUUAUCACGCACAUUGUUUGCUCCAAGACAGACUUUAUCAUCACAGCUAGUCAAGAUGGCCACGUGAAGUUUUGGAAAAAAAAGGAGGAUCAUGGAAUAGAGUUCGUCAAACACUUUCGCAGCCAUCUGGGUGUCAUAGAAUGUAUUUCUGUCAGCGCUGAGGGAGCCCUCUUCUGUUCAGUGGGCGACGACCAAGCCAUGAAAGUAUUCGACGUCGUCAACUUCGACAUGAUCAACAUGCUGAAACUGGGCUUCCACCCAGGUCAGUGUGAGUGGAUCUACAACCCAGGAGACGCCAUCUCCACUGUGGCCUGCUCGGAGAAGACCACAGGGAAGAUCUUUGUCUACGAUGGACGAGGAGACAACGAGCGACUCCACACCUUUGACAAGAUGCACUCCUCUCCGCUGUCCCAGAUCCGCCUGAACGCCCGGUUCAGAGUCAUAGUCUCUGCUGACAAGGCGGGAAUGCUGGAAUACUGGACCGGGCUCCCAAACGAGUUCAAAUUCCCACGGUAUGUGGACUGGGAAUUCAAAACGGACACAGACCUGUACGAAUUCGCCAAACACAAAACCUACCCCACGAGCCUGGCGUUCUCCUACGACGGCAAGAAAAUGGCCACCAUCGCCACGGACCGGAAAGUGAGGAUCUUCCGCUUCCUGACAGGGAAACUGAUGAGGGUGUUUGACGAGUCGCUCACAAUGUUCACAGAGCUCCAACAGAUGAGACAGCAGCUCCCGGACAUGGAGUUCGGCCGGAGGAUGGCGGUGGAGAGGGAGCUGGAGAAGGUGGAUGGGAUCCGGCUGACGAACAUCAUCUUCGACGAGACGGGCCACUUUGUGCUCUAUGGGACCAUGCUGGGAAUCAAGGUCAUCAACCUGGAAACCAACAGGUGUGUGCGGAUCCUCGGGAAGCUGGAGAACAUCCGUGUGGUGAAGCUGAGCCUGUUCCAGGGCAUCGCCAAGGCCUCGCAGGUGGCCCCCACCAUCGAGAUGAAGGCGUCGGACAACCCCGCCCUGCAGAACACCGACCCCGACCCCACCGUCUUCUGCACCGCCUUCAAGAAGAACCGCUUCUACAUGUUCUCCAAACGGGAGCCGGAGGACACGAAGAGUGCCGAGUCGGACCGAGACAUCUUCAACGAGAAACCCUCCAAGGAGGAGGUGAUGGCCGCCACUCAGGCCGAGGGGCCCAAGAGGGUGUCGGACAGCGCCAUCAUCCACACCACCAUGGGAGACAUCCACAUCAAGCUCUUCCCCGUGGAGUGUCCCAAGACGGUGGAGAACUUCUGCGUCCACAGCAGGAACGGUUACUUCAACGGACACAUCUUCCAUCGAGUCAUAAAGGGCUUCAUGAUCCAGACAGGGGACCCCACAGGAACAGGGAUGGGGGGAGAGAGCAUCUGGAGCGGGGAGUUUGAGGACGAGUUCCAUGCCACGCUGCGCCACGACCGGCCCUACACCCUCAGCAUGGCCAACGGAGGCCCCGGCACCAACGGCUCCCAGUUCUUCAUCACGGUCGUUCCCACGCCCUGGUUGGAUAACAAGCACACAGUCUUUGGACGGAGCGCCAAGGGGAUGGAGGUUGUCCAGAGGAUCUCCAACGUCAAAGUCAACCCCAAAACCGACAAACCCUACGAGGACAUCAGCAUCAUCAACAUCACCGUCAAAUGAGCAUGCUCCGUUACCACACUGCAAUGUACAAAUACCUUAUUUUUUUUUAUAUCAGUAAAAGCUUGAGAUGCUCAAGAAAGCAUCGAUCCAU